CUUCAUUGCCAUCACUUUCACUGCUCCCGUGAAGGUCAGGCUCAGGUGAAGGGAAGAAGACGAAGUCAGAGCAUACCUCCGUGUGUUUGUUGUGAGAAAAGCGCGGAUUACUGAGGGUAGCAUGCGUGCGGUGCUCCGGCGGUGAAUUUCCUGCGGUGCCAACCAUGAGUCAUGACGGAUCGUCCUGCAAAUCCUACAUCAAACACCCCACAGAAAAGGAACGUCUGGAUCACCUGGCCUUCACAUCUUUUCCCGAAGACUACCUCCCCUAUGCCUCCAACUACCACCAGAGGGCGGGAGGAAAAGCCCCGCCCUACCUCGUGUGGGACGAGAGGAGGCCUCGAAGGGGGCGCAGCUGCUGCAGCACGACAGCCCUCGUCUCUGCCAUCGCCCUUAUUGUGGCAGCCAUCUUGGCCGUGGUAGCCAUAUCCGUGUACCUCGGAGUCGUCACAAAUUUGUUUCGUUCACCAGUGCUAUCAUUGAGCGGGAAAUUCCGAGUGUCCCACGGGGAUGAUUUCGUGGAUGAGUUGCUCAACACCACUUCACUUCAGUUCCUAACAAAGGCAGAAAGCUACCAGGCCAUGGUAGAAAAUGCCUUCCUAUCUAGUUCCUUAGAGCCUGCAUUCAUUGCUGCCAGAAUAUACGCUUUCAGACCGGGUCUUCUGGUCUUUUUCCGAGUUUAUUUAGACCGAAGAAAACUCCAGGCAGAUGACUCAGACACUUUAAAACUCAUCAAGAGCCUAUUAGGAGAGGAGACACCCGCUUUUGGGGCUCUCAGGAUAGAUCGAGAGUCCGUUGAUGUUGAUGAGAACGAAGAGUGGAUUUCCGUCCCUGGUGUUGAGCAACGAAUCGGAAAAAGCUCUGCUGUGACGAAAGGCCCUCUACUCCCACCUAGGCUGGCCACUGCUCCUCCAAACAAGAGGCCCUUACAGCCUAAAGAUGAAUCCCCUAAGAUGCAAGGAGGCACAGGUGAGGUGGUUCCAGUUGGUGACAUCAGCUCCGAAGAAGAUAAACUACACAAGUUCAGUUAUGGUCAGUGGAAGCCAGUUCCAAUUGAAGAUUCGGUGUCGCCAUCUUUUGGAGAUCAACGAACUCCUCCUGGAAGAGGGAACGUUCGACUUUCUGAAGCUCUGCCUGCCAAUCCUCCUCCUCCUGGAAGAGGGAACGUUCGACUAGCGGAAUCUCAAUCUCCGGCUUCUCCUCCAGGAAGAGGAAACGUUCGACUGGCUGAAGCUCCACUUCCGGCUCCUCCUCCAAAGAAACCCCCUUCUUCUGGGCCCUCUAAUCCUAUGCAUGUAGGUGUGGGAUCAGUAAGUGUCUUGGAAGAUCCACUGUUACAUAUAGACCCAAUUCCACUUCCUCCCAGGAGUGGUCGACCCCUUCUUUUGCAAGAUGCUCCUCCCCAAAGGGGUGAAGUAGCCUCUUCCAUUAUGUCCUCAGUCUCUCUAGUUGUUCGACCGCCUUCGAACACUACAAGAAACCGAACCUCGGAAUCCGGAAGUCCUGAUAGGAAUGAACGCCCCUUCAGGCACACUUUGCCAAUUCGGAAGGAACAGGCAUCAUAUCGAUUCCUGGACGAAGGUAUGGUUGGAGAAGGAUCGGUUCAACUUGAGCCAGAUUCAGUGGAAGAGGAGAAUUCAUCUGGAUCCAUUAGUGGCUCAUUCUCAUCUGAAAGCCAAGUAGUGGAAGGAAGUGUUCUUCUAAAAGAAUCUUCGGUGGAAUAUUUAAGCAAAACCCCUUCUCCCGAUGACAUGAAUUCGGCACCAGAGAAUCUGAAAUUGAAAGAAUCUUCUGUAGAAUACACAAAAACAGACUCGAAAUCGGACUUUUCUAAAGAUAACUCAAGUGAAAUGGCAGUUCCCGAUACUACUACAAGAAAUAUAUUUCUUACGGAAUCUUCAGUAGAAUACCAAAGCAGUGAACUUGUUGAAGAAAGAACUCUCUCUGAUAUUUAUAUCAAUCAAACGGAAAACAAUACAAAAAUUUCAGAAUCUAAGGAAUUAACAAAUCCUAGUGGCGUUAUAGAGAGUGUGUUGGUUGUUAAUAACUCCAAAGAAAAUUCUUGGACACCCUAUGUCACAACUGAGUUUUUAACAAAUUUUAAUGAAACCAUAAAUAACAUUACUAGUCCAGACUCAGAGGAAAUUUUUGAUUACAUCGGUGUCUCCAGUAAUGAAAUGGAACACAAGCGUGAAAAUGUGUUAAACAUUUAUAGUGCCAAAAGUGAUAUUGGAUUUAGCCAUCAAAACCAUUCAAAUGCAGAAACAGGCACAUCUCUAGACGAAUACGAUGAAGGGACUCCAGUAUCACUGAAUGAGGAGAGGGAUUCGGAAGAGAUUACUUUCGAAGAAAAGGAAACAACUUCUGCUAUCCUUUACACUAAGUACAUUAGUACUGAAAAUUUUAUUACCGAACAUCAACCUGAUCAAAGUUUCGAACACAAAAAUGCAUCUGUCAUCUCGAGUACGAGUAUUCCUUCGCUUUUCAGAGAUGAAGAAUCGUCAGGAGAGACCACAAAAUAUUUUAAUAUCGUCAAUACUACAAAAGAAUCUGAAGCAUCAAUUGAUAUAAGCAGCUCUGAAAGAGACGAAACUAGUGUUCCUACAGAAUUUGAAGAUGAAUCCGAAAUCAACGAUAUUAAACUAGCAGAUAGCAACGAUUCUCAGAAUCAUUCCAUCAAUUUUCUAUCAAAAGAUUCAAAUCCAAAUCACAUAACGAUGCACACUCAGCAAGGCCAUGGGUUCCAUAGACCCCUUCCAAAACCGUCUUCUGCAAAUAACUCUUCUACUGUACACACAACAGAAUUACCAUCAUCCGCACAUGAGGUUGACACCGAGUCUAAAAUUUCGUUCAUUUCAAACAAUCCAACUGAAUCUUCCACGACUUUAUCGAAAUCUGAUAAUCUCCAGAAGACUACUUAUCCCAUAACAAUAUUGGAUGAAGAAGACGGAAUGGAAACUUCUUCGGUUUCGCCACCAUCCUCUUUUCGAACGACUGACAUUCCCCACACCACUGCAGAAGAGUUGUCAACUUCUGGUUCCCAUCUGAGCGAGGCUGCUACCAAUGAUUCUUUUGUUCCCAAAAUAGUGCCUCAGCAAUCGGACCUCAGUUUUGAUGAAAAUGCCAUCGAAUCAGGAGAAGAUGUGUCAGACUGGACAGACGAUGACCUUCUAGAUCUAGACAGGAGAACUGAAAUCAUUCGCCACAUCACCACUCUCCCUCCAACUCCUGUGAGUCUUGGCAAGCACCCCGUCUUCAUUUCUCAGAAAUGUGCGGAUGACGAGUUCCAGUGCGAGAGCGGCGAGUGCGUGGACUUGAAUGGACGCUGCAACAUGCGUAGGGAUUGUAGAGAUAACUCCGACGAGAAGAAUUGCUCUUGCUCCGAACUGCUGCGGGUGAUGGGCCAGUCUCAAAAGAUCUGUGACGGAGUGGAAGAUUGCGAAGAUCAUAGCGACGAACAGAACUGUCCCUGGUGCUCCGAAGGACAAGUUGUGUGCCCCCAGAACAAGUUCUGCAUCAAUCAGUCCCAAGUGUGCGAUGGUAACAAUGAUUGUCCUUCCGGAAUGGAUGAAAGAUAUUGCGUGAAACUAGCCGAAAACGCAGAGGAUGCUCGGGGGCUACACUACAGAGAGCAAGGUUUCCUGAUGGUUAGAAAAGAAGGCGCAUGGGGAAAACUGUGUCUCGACAAUCUCCACGAUUCUCGAGCUCUCAGGCUCAAGUUAGACGAACUUGGGGAAGCUGUGUGUUCCGCUCUGACAUUCAGGAGCGUAUCUGAGUCAAAACGAAUACAAGACAUAAAGAAUUCCAACGACACUUACUACGUCAUCUCGAACGAAGCAUCCACGCCCAACAAGAGGUCGAGUGCUAUUUUCCACCCUUCCGUUUGUGAGAGCAGAGAAGUGAUGCGGGUGGAAUGUGGAUCACUAGAGUGCGGCUUGCGACCAAUGGCCACCUCCCAUCGACGGCGCAUCGUGGGCGGGCAGAGUGCUAGUUCGGGUUCUUGGCCCUGGCAAGUGGCCCUAUACAAAGAAGGGGACUUCCAGUGCGGUGCCGUCCUCAUUUCAGACACAUGGCUCAUUUCCGCUGGACAUUGCUUCUACAGCACUCUAAACGCCCAUUGGGUGGCUCGACUAGGUCUCCUGAGACGAGGCUCCGAGCUGUCACCACCCUCCGAGCAGGUGAGAAGGGUGGCUCAGAUCUUCCUUCACCCGAACUAUGAAGACAAAGGAUUCAUCAAUGACAUUGCGCUGCUACGACUCGACAGACCCGUUCUCUUCAGUGAUUACCUUCGACCAGUGUGUCUUCCAACCGCUGAAGAGGAUCCAGGCCUUUGGCAUGGAAGGCAGUGCUCUGUCGUAGGUUGGGGAAAACUGUACGAAAUAGGACAUACAUUCCCGGACAGUCUACAAGAGGUCCGACUUCCUGUGAUUUCAACCGAAGAAUGCCGGAAACGUAUCCUCUUCCUCACCAUGUACCACAUCACAGACAACAUGUUUUGUGCCGGAUAUGAGAGGGGAGGAAGGGAUGCAUGUCUGGGCGACAGUGGAGGACCUCUGAUGUGCCAACGCGAGGAUGGUCGCUGGAUUCUUCUAGGUGUGACUAGCAAUGGAGACGGAUGUGGGAGGCCAGGACGUCCGGGGGUAUAUACCAAAGUGGCAAACUAUUUAGAUUGGAUCCACAAAAUCAUAGAGGCCAAACAUUCUAUUCAAAUUCUACCCGAUUCCUGCGAGGGUGUGCGCUGUAGAUUGGGCAGAUGCAUCGCCCCCUACAAGAUGUGUGACGGACGAUGGGAUUGUUCUGAAGGAAAGGACGAGGACCACUGCUUUGAAUAAACAACCCUAUCAUCUCCCAUAAAAUUCAUUCUCUCGGGUCUUCAUUGGUUGUGGCCGAUCAAAUUUUACUUCAAAUGGCUUGAAGCGGGGAACAAAAAUCAAAUUCUCUCUUUUUACGUUGAUGAAAUUUGCUCACUUUCACUCUGCGUGUAGGUUUUGUAUGUUAAUUUAUUUUUUUAAGGAUUGACAGCAGAGUUUUUGUUAUUCCGGAACAUAAAAACUCAUCGAAAUGAAAUUUCCAGAAAAGACUGAUCAUUUCGAAUUUUGCAUUUGAAAACUUUUUUUUUUAAAGACAUUUUUUUUCUUCUUGUGAGCUGUGUUAUUUAUGUGAGUGUGUGUCAUGUUAACAUAUCUCGAAACAAUUUUGUAAGCAUUAUUUUAGCAUGUUUUGUAAACUUUUAAAAUUUAUUUAUUAUUUUAAUUUUUAUGUAAUGCUUACAAUGUUGUUUU